GGAAAUAUAAUUUUUAAUUGUUCUAACUAAACUAACUAAGUAUUGAGAGUGCUGAUUUGGUGGUUUUGUCUUUGAAUAAACCGUUAUAGCUAUGUGUAAAAAAUAUGUUGAAGUUAUGUUUGUGAAUUGAUAAAUCUAAUAGUGUCAGAUUUUUUAUCAACAUUUUGAUUUAAAGUUAUGAAAAAAAAGUAAUAUAACAAAAUUGUAACUAUAUUUAUUUUAUAAUUACUUGAAUUGUACUUCAAGCUACACAUAUACAGAAUUCAUAUUUAUAAUUACAAAAUAUGUUAUUUCUGCUCUCUUUCUCUGCAUGAGUGUGUAUGUUUGCGCGUGCCCGCGUGUGUAUGCGCGUGUGUGUUGUUUUCUCUCUGAAAUCUCAACAUAUAAAGAAAUAUAUUUGUUCAGUUUCCUGAGAUUAAUUGAAGAUUUUUGAAUUUUUAUUGGAUGACACUGUUAUACAAAAAUUUGAAUGCUCAAGUAUUGUGAUGAAUCAUAUAAACAAUUUAAAUCACGUUCAGCAGUUACACCUGGAUUCAAUUCAGGCUGAUGGUGUAGAAGAAAUGGAUACUCAAGAAGAGGUGCAUAGUAGAAAUAUAGAAGAUCAUGAUAGUCGACCAGUCAAUGGUGAAGCCCAUUCAGAUGGAAUCAAUCAUGAUCAUGACAUGGAAGAAGAUGAAGCUAGAUCGGAAGCUACAUUUCGUUAUACUGUCGAAUGUGUUUCUAAAAUGAAAGAUUCUCAACUCUCACUUCCUUGCUUCGUACGAAACCUUCCAUGGAAAAUAAUGGUGAUGCCAAGAUCUAGCCAAACCCAAGAACGUCAACCACAAAGAUCUUUAGGUUUUUUCUUACAAUGCAAUGGAGAAAGUGAGUCGUCUUCAUGGAGUUGCUAUGCGGUUGCAGAACUUAAACUGCUAUCCUGUAAAGAAGGGCAAGAGCCAUUUAGCAGAAAAAUUCAGCAUCUUUUCUACAGUAAAGAAAAUGAUUGGGGGUUUAGUCAUUUCAUGACUUGGCAAGAUGUUCUUGAUCCCGAUAAAGGUUACAUAAAGGAAGAUACUAUAACUCUUGAAGUUCAUGUAGUUGCUGAUGCUCCGCAUGGAGUUAGUUGGGAUAGUAAAAAACACACUGGUUUCGUUGGACUUAAAAAUCAAGGAGCUACGUGCUAUAUGAAUUCUCUAUUACAAACCCUCUACUUUACUAAUCAGUUACGCAAAGCUGUUUAUAAAAUGCCUACUGAAAGUGAUGAUUCAAGUAAAAGUGUUGCAUUAGCUUUGCAAAGAGUAUUCCAUGAAUUACAAUUUUCUGAUAAACCAGUUGGAACUAAGAAAUUGACUAAGAGCUUUGGAUGGGAAACAUUGGACUCAUUCAUGCAACACGAUGUGCAGGAGUUUUUGCGUGUUUUGCUUGAUAAGUUAGAGAGUAAAAUGAAAGGGACAUGCGUGGAAGGCACUGUUCCAAAGCUCUUUGAAGGUAAAAUGACGUCUUUUAUAAAAUGUAAAAAUAUCGAUUACACAUCAACAAGAAUGGAAACAUUUUAUGAUAUACAACUGAACAUAAAAGGGAAAAAAAAUAUUUAUGAUUCUUUCAAUGAUUACGUCAAUACAGAAAUACUUGAUGGGGAUAAUAAAUAUGAUGCAGGCGAACACGGGCUCCAAGAAGCCGAAAAAGGAGUGGUAUUUUCUUCAUUUCCACCAGUACUGCAUCUACAUUUGAUGAGAUUUCAAUAUGAUCCUAUUACUGACUGUUCAGUGAAAUUUAAUGACAGAUUUGAAUUUUAUGAAAGAAUAAGUCUAGGAAAAUACUUGAAUACAAAUAAAGAAGCAACCAACGUAGAUUACAUUUUGCACGCUGUUCUAGUCCACAGCGGUGAUAAUCAUGGAGGUCACUACGUAGUUUUCAUUAAUCCCGCUGGUGAUGGAAAGUGGUGCAAAUUUGAUGACGAUGUUGUCUCUCGAUGCUCUAAACAAGAAGCCAUCGAACAUAAUUAUGGAGGGCAGGAUGAGGACAUUUCUAUGACAGUAAAACAUUGUACUAAUGCUUAUAUGUUGGUAUAUAUUCGUAAUUCAGAAAUGGAACAUGUAUUACAAGAAGUUCGUGAAGAGGAUAUUCCCCAAGAGCUUGUGGAAAGGCUUCAAGAAGAAAAAAGGUUAGAACAGAUUAAACGGAAAGAGCGUAAUGAAGCAUAUUUAUUUAUGACUGUGAAUGUUUUAUUUGAAGAUAGUUUUGAGGGUUAUCAAGGAAAUGAUCUUUAUGAUCAAGAAAAAGCAUUAUUUCGUAUCUUUCGUAUUCGUAAACAAGCAACUUUACUUGAGUUUUUGGAAAUCCUCAGUGAAAGUUUGAAAUAUUCAAUCGAGCAAAUUCGGGUGUGGCCAUUUAGCUUAAGAUCAAAUCAAACAUGUAGACCUACGUUGAUUGAAUCUGAAACGGAUCUUCAAAAGCCAAUAACUGACUGUGCUGAAAGCGGAAAUCCAUGGAAUGUAUUUGUUGAAUUAGCAGCACCUGAUUCUGGUUUGACAACGUUACCUCCAUUUGAUAAAGAUACAGAUGUAUUGCUUUUCUUCAAACUGUAUGACCCUAAACAAAAAAAAAUUUAUUAUUGUGGCCAUCAUUAUAUGCCAGUCACUUCGAAAGUUCAGGAACUUUUACCGAUACUGAAUAAGCGGGCUGGCUAUUCACAAACUACAAAUCUAAUAUUAUAUGAAGAAAUAAAACCUAAUAUGGUUGAAAAAAUAGAAAAUCUUUCUGAACCGUUAGAGAAAGUUUUGGAAGAAUUAAUGGACGGUGAUAUAAUUGUAUUUCAAAAAGAAGAACAAGAAACUGAUUCUUAUGAGCUUCCAACUUGUCGAGAUUAUUUCAGGGAUUUAUCAUCUCGAAUGGAAGUUACUUUUUGUGAUAAAACCAUUCCGAACGAUGUAGGAUUCGUAAUGGAGCUUUCGCAGAGAAUAACUUAUGAACAAAUGGCAAGAGCGGUUUCUCAGAGACUUAAUACAGACCCAUAUUUACUACAAUUUUUCAAGUGCCAAAAUUACAAAGAUUUACCUGGAAAUCCACUAAAAUGUACAUUUGACGGUACUUUGAAAGAAUUAGUGGCUAAUUGUAAACCUAAAACAAAAAAAAUAUUUUAUCAACAACUUAGUAUUCAUGUUAAUGAACUUGAAAAUAAAAAACAAUUCAAAUGUAUUUGGGUCGGCUCAUCAUUAAAAGAAGAAAAAGAAAUGAUACUUUAUCCAAAUAAAAAUGGUACUGUCUUAAACCUAUUAGAAGAAGCGCAAAAACAAAUCGAGUUAUCCGAAUUAGGUUCAGGAAAACUAAGGAUAGUUGAAAUUAUUAGUAAUAAAUUACAACCAGGUCCAAAAGACGAUGUACUAUUAGAAACGCUUAAUACAAAUGGAUCCAGACAAUAUCGAAUUGAAGAAGUACCAAAAGAUGAAGUAUCCUUACUAGAUGAUGAAAUAUUGGUACCUGUUGCUCAUUUUUACAAAGAUGUUUAUUCGACGUUUGGUAUACCGUUUUUUUUUAAAAUCAAGCACGGUGAAUCUUUUACUCGAAUGAAGGAAAGAUUAUUCAAAAAAUUAGGUGUCCAAGAGAAGGAAUUUGAAAAGUUUAAAUUUGCAAUCGUCACAGCCAAUAAACCUCAGUUUAUCAGUGAUUCACCUGAAUAUUGUAUAGAUAUUAGCGAUUUCAAGCCACAUCAAAAUCAAAUUUUCCCACUCUCUAAUACUGGUAAUAUAUCUCAAAAACCGUGGCUUGGAUUGGAGCAUGUUAAUAAAGCACCUAAGAGAUCAAGAAUAAACUAUCUAGAAAAAGCUAUCAAAAUAUAUAAUUGACCUUCUACCAAAGAGAAUCUGAGACUUAUUUGACAAAAGUUUUCUCAUAUACACCGAAAUCAGUUUUGUGUAGAUCAGAGUAGCGGAAACGUUUUCAACGAAUUAUAUGCAAUUUUCGUAAUUAUAAAUAAAACUCAUCCGUGAUAUCAAUAUACAUA